AUGAGCGUGGCGUACAGCGAGGGAGGCGCCUCCGUACGCUCUCUGGGCCGCAGCCUGUCCACGCCAGCGCGCCCACACUCCUCCGAAGACGCCGCUACCGCAGGGGACGCCAGCGAAGUCAAGACCGUCAGCCACCGCAACUACCUGGACCCCGACCUGGAGAAGGCCAUCAAUGAGGUGCUGAGCUUCAAGCCAAUCAAGUUCAAGCGCCGCAGCCUCCAGGACUCCGACGGCGACGAGGACGAGGAGGAGGUGGGGGGAGGUGGCGCGGCGGAGGAGGGCGGGGAGAGGAAGAGCGGCCGAACCGAGUUGGAGUCCAGCGUACGGCGCUCGGCCUCAGGCUCGGCGCUGGAUUACGGCCGGUCCUCCAGCAGCCUCAGCUCACGCAGCAGCAGCAGCCGCCACAAGGCCAAGAAAAAGAGCCGCGCGUCCGAGUCUGAGAGCUCCUCCGAGGAUGACCACCACCACCGCAGAUCCCGCGGGAAAGGGAAGAAGUCGUCCAGGAAGAGCUCCAGGAAGAAGAAGAGUGAGUCAGAGUCAUCCGAGUCGGAGUCAUCCGAGUCUUCGUCCAGUUCUGGUUCCACCGUCUCGUACCGCAGUUCUAGCAGCGUGAAGAAGGGGCCCGGCGGAACACCGGAGCGACCCCCUAGUAAGAAGGACGAGAAGAAGAACAAGAAAAAGGUGGACAGCCUGGUGAUGAAGUACCGUUACAAGCCAGACAGUGACUAAAGCAACAGUAAUGGAGUCCCCCUCAGUACCGGAGACAUUUGGCCACCCCCCGAUCUGAUGAAGACAUCCAGGAGGAGACCCCCAGCACCACCGAGCCCACCCAUCAGACGCUCCCCAACGACA